GACGCUGGUUUGGUGAGGCAGGGUGACAGCUGAACGGGUCGUAAAGGUACAGCAGCGGCAGCAGCAGCGGCAGCGCAGUCUGCAACGUUAACAACGACCGCCUCAGUGUCCCGUUUUAAAGAGAAGCACCGACACAUUUCACCGUGUGACGCGUUUUUUGUACAAAGCGGCGGACGCGUUUGAGUUCGCCUCGGGACGGUAACCGGUAACCUUGCGGAUUAUUAUUUGUUCUUUUUCAGCAAGAGAGGAAAAAGCUCCGUGUCCGGAUGUGCCAACAGUGUUUGGUUUUUCGCAUGGCGUAGGCACCUUUUCUGAAGCGGGAUAUUCUUGAUGUUCGGAGGGUCGCAGGAGGCCCUCGGGUCGACAGCAUAUCCCACUAACAUUAACUCUACUUCCAAAUUUGCCCAUUUGUGCGGGAAAUGAUCAACGACAUGGUUGUGCAAUAGAGAGGAAGAAGUGUUGUAACCCGCCUCGGAUACCUCAGUGUUGUGACUGUGGAGAGAGGCAGCGAGUCACCGGGAAUACGUUUGUGUUUCCUGCUCGGAACCCGACGACGACGACUUGCUUCGAAGAGUGUGUGACAGCUUUUAACAAGGGAAACGAAAGAGAGGAAAUAUUUGUGUUCUUGUAUAGUGUGAGUGUGUGUGUGUGUGUGUGUGUGAGUGAGUAAGUGUGUGUGUGUGUGUGAACUCCUUUCCAAGGACCGGGAAAACCUUUACGAUGACGGGCAGCACCCCAGCGGACAUGAUAAACCUGCGGCUUAUUUUAGUCAGCGGGAAGACAAAAGAAUUCCUCUUUUCUCCCAACGACUCGGCAGCAGAUAUCGCUAAACACGUCUAUGACAACUGGCCGAUGGACUGGGAGGAAGAGCAGGUCAGCAGUCCUAACAUCCUGAGGCUGAUCUACCAGGGCCGUUUUCUACACGGCAACGUAACACUAGGAGCUCUCAAACUGCCGUUGGGGAAGACCACAGUGAUGCAUUUAGUUGCCAGAGAGACUUUGCCUGAGCCAAAUUCCCAAGGUCAGAGGAACAGAGAGAAGACCGGGGAGAGUAACUGCUGUGUCAUUCUGUAAAUACACACCACCGCUGCUGGCGCACCAUCCUUCUCAUCCGUUCUCGCCCUCAACAUCCUGGCCCUAAUGAGCUUGUUCCCUGUCCUGAAGCCUGCCCACAAUGCGGAUAUGCAUUUAAACACACACACACACACACACACACUUAUCUCUCUUUUCUUUUUUUUUUUUUUUUACCCCUCUCUCACACACUCACACAUAUGUAAUAAAGCAGCAGGCUCAGGCUGAUCCAGGACCAGAGUUGGGAGCUGGAAAUUGAUUUACAACAGAGUUGAGUCCUUUGUUGUACUUGAUUUGUCAUAACUGAAAAUUAGAGGAAGGAAUUGGAUGUUGAAUGUUUUUUUUUUCUUUUUUUCUUAAUGCACACUUUUUUUUUAACCUGCCACACACACACACACACACACAAACAUACACGGACACACCCUCAGCCGGUCAGUUAAAAGUCUAAAUCUUUCUGGUUCCUCAUUCUAGCUGGUUGUCAUAUUAAUGCAGUGCCCGAGUUUGUGUGUGGCCUUGUUUCGUCAUUGAGACCUCUGAGAAUUUUAACCACUAACAACACACCAACAUACCAACACACACACACACGCACACUAUGACACCCCCCAUACACAUCCAACCAUAUGUGCUUGUGUGAUCUCCCUCGGUGCAGCAGACGAAGCUUAGACGUGCCUGAUCAGAGAACUCAAACCAGGACACACACACACGUACACAUACAGCACACACACACACACACACACACACACACCUGUGUCCUUUUUACUGCCCUCCUCUGCGCGUGCCCUUAAAGGUCACAAGAGAGAAAUGAUUCCAUUUUUGUCUGCAGAGCGCCGUACAGACCAAACACAUCCUGCUCGUUCAGUCGUCAUCUUUCAGCCAGUCGAAGCCUAACAAACAAACGAAUAGACAAACAGCCAGUGUUGGUGGUCUUGCUUCACUUAUUUGUUUCUCCAUGACAUUUGUGACUGUGUUUUGACAGUCCAUGCAUAUUACUGACCGACCAGUGUUGUGAUUAAUAAAACGUCAUGUCAGUUUUUCUUCCCUCCCCGACGCACCACCCCCCCUCUCCUCCGAGGAUAAGGCUCAUUGUGCUCCUUUUUUUUAACAGUGUUGUGAAGGAUCUCUCUUGACAAUUGCUGUCCAAGCAGGGAAAUUAACUCAGAAUGAAUAAUGUUCCUUAUUUGUCUUAAUUCGCUUCUCUCCUGAAUUCUCUCUCUGCAUUAACAAAGUCCAUUUUGCACAACUGAAGCAUGUGCUCCUUCAUCAGAUAAAUAAAAAUGUAUAAAAAGUUUGAUUGUUUUAUUUUAUAUUUUUCCAAUGGAAGUAAUGUUCCAAACUAAGGUAACGUGUAGAAUAUAUUUAAUAUGAAUCUUAUAUAGAACAUGAUGACUAGAUCUUGUUGAUAUACAGUAUAUUGGUGUUUAGUCUAUGAUUGUGUAUACGGUUAGCUUCUAGCCAGUCACAGUCACUCGCUGACAAUGUCUUGUGCUUAACAGCAGCAGAACCUCCCUAAUCAUCGACAGACUGUAUUUUUAUUUUCUUUCUUCUUCUGUGCUCUUUUAUUAUUUUAUUUUUCAUUUGUUUAUAAUUUAAUGUAAUCCUUUUUUUUCUUUGUGGGUUUUUUGCUUUAAAGAAUCGCUUUAUAACAGCACUAGGUCUUAAAAAAAAUAUUGUUUAUAUUGAUCAGGGUUCAAAUCUGUACAGAGAUAAACGUUUUCAAACCAAUUGUAAAUAGCACUAAUGCUCCCCUCCCCCCUCCAAACUUCAAAAUGGAAUACAUCUGUAAUCUAAAUAAAGGUUAUUGAAGUGCA